UCGCUGAGUAUUCGACGAAGGUUGUCGUGUCGUUGUUGGCUGAAGCUUCAUUACUUGCUUUCGCAAACUGUCGACCAACCCAAGUCGUUUUUUUUCGUAAUAAAAGAAAACUCUAUACAAUCUCAAAAUGCGUGAAUGUAUCUCAAUCCACGUUGGACAAGCUGGAGUACAGAUUGGUAAUGCUUGCUGGGAGUUGUACUGCCUAGAACAUGGAAUCCAACCUGACGGUCAAAUGCCCUCCGAUAAAACUAUUGGAGGUGGCGAUGACAGCUUCAAUACCUUCUUCAGUGAAACUGGAGCAGGCAAACAUGUACCUCGAGCAGUUUUCAUUGAUUUGGAACCUACUGUUGUUGAUGAGGUCCGCACUGGAACAUACCGUCAGUUAUUCCAUCCAGAACAAUUGAUCACGGGCAAGGAAGAUGCUGCAAAUAAUUAUGCUCGUGGUCAUUACACUAUUGGUAAAGAAAUCGUUGAUCUCGUUCUGGACCGUAUCCGAAAAUUGGCAGAUCAAUGUACUGGACUCCAAGGUUUUCUCAUCUUCCAUUCGUUCGGUGGUGGAACCGGCUCUGGUUUCACUUCUCUCUUGAUGGAACGGCUUUCAGUAGACUACGGAAAGAAAUCGAAAUUAGAAUUUGCCAUCUAUCCAGCUCCACAAGUCUCUACUGCUGUGGUUGAACCAUACAAUUCUAUCUUAACUACGCAUACCACGCUUGAACAUUCCGACUGCGCAUUUAUGGUUGACAACGAAGCUAUUUAUGAUAUUUGUCGUCGUAAUUUGGACAUCGAAAGACCAACAUACACCAAUUUGAAUCGUUUGAUCGGUCAAAUCGUUUCUUCAAUCACUGCAUCUCUACGAUUCGAUGGUGCUCUCAAUGUCGACUUAACGGAAUUCCAAACUAACUUGGUACCUUAUCCAAGGAUUCAUUUCCCAUUGGUAACUUAUGCACCGGUCAUAUCUGCGGAAAAGGCUUACCAUGAACAAUUAAGCGUAGCUGAAAUUACUAAUGCUUGCUUCGAACCAGCCAAUCAGAUGGUCAAAUGCGAUCCACGACACGGAAAAUACAUGGCCUGCUGUAUGUUGUACAGAGGUGAUGUCGUACCAAAGGAUGUUAAUGCCGCUAUUGCUACCAUCAAAACUAAACGCACGAUUCAAUUCGUUGACUGGUGUCCGACCGGGUUCAAAGUUGGUAUCAAUUACCAACCACCAACUGUCGUACCUGGUGGAGAUUUGGCUAAGGUUCAACGUGCAGUCUGUAUGUUGUCUAACACUACAGCUAUUGCUGAAGCAUGGGCUCGUCUCGAUCAUAAAUUCGAUCUUAUGUACGCCAAGAGAGCAUUCGUUCACUGGUACGUUGGUGAAGGUAUGGAAGAAGGUGAGUUCUCCGAAGCUCGUGAAGAUCUUGCUGCCCUCGAGAAAGAUUAUGAAGAAGUUGGUAUGGAUUCUGCUGAAGGUGAAGGAGAGGGUGCUGAAGAAUAUUAAAUUUGUACCGAAAAAGAAAACACAUUUUCAUUGGCUUAUAAGGACGUACAAGUUUUUCCUUUAUGCAUGUGU